GGCGAAAGUUAGAGAAAGAAGGAUGGAAAUGCGUGGAGUCUAGUGUCAGUAGCGACGUCGAGGGUGGCCUCGUCGGCAGCUACGCACGUUUUUGGCAACGUUCGUCGAUGCCCAUAACUCUGAUCGUGGCAAUGGUGUUGAUCGUGUGCACGACGUCGACGUAGCUGCCGAGAGCCGGCGCGCGACUCGACGACUCCUUUUCGCGCAGUGCUGCCGUGACGGUCGAUCGAAGCGCACCGCUGAAACCUGGGAAUGCCACGCAACCUUCCAUUUUAACGACUCCACGAUGCAUCUGCCCGGCUGCCACGUCGUCGUCCCGUGCCCUCCGUUCGAGUCUCCGGAUGGUUAUCUGAGUUACAGGAGGCUCGUGUAUCGACAAGUACCAGCGUGAACCCUCCUACGCUGGCUGCCGCCCAGAAACUCGUCCGAACCAGCGGUAUAUCCACCCUGUGGUUUCCUAGCUCGUUCGCGAACAGUACCGUAUCUACCUUUUGGAAAUUGUUCUCGUUGAAUUAGAAUAUCUCGAGUCUCGUUGACGAAUGACGACAGCAAGGUAGAAGGAACGUUCUACUAUCGCAAGAGGGACAGAGUCGACCAAAGAAGCCUGUUUCCAGUGAAGUAUUUUUCCGAUUAUAUCGUUAGUAAAGUGAUCAGGCGAAUCUGUGCGCUCGAUCGAUCGUAAUCGCAAGGCCGUUGCUUGUGCAAGGAACAUAAACACGAUGGUUAAGUAGUGGAGGCUCGAUAAGGGCUGCUCGAGUGCCUGAUCACCCCCUGGUCUGGUUCUGUUGCAGCUGCGUACCGAGAACACUCUCUCUUCUUCGUCGAUAACCAACCAAUAAACGGCGGGGAGAGCACGCUCGCGAGGCAGAAGCAGCGUCGGACCCGCGGUCGCUCUACUACGCCUCUCUCUCUCUGUGUCUCUCUGUUCUUCGCUGUACUCCAAAGGGUUCGUUGACACUGUGGCUAGGAAAUCGACUUUGGAACUCGUUGGCCGCCGAAAAAGGUCACCGACGAUACAAAUAUAGAAACGUGGUGGAACGAGGCCGACAGUGGAGCAAUAUCGAAGAGGAGAAGGGAAGCGCGGCUGUUUAAGGAUCCCUGCCGUGUCUCGUUUGUGAAUCGAUAGGAAUUUUUCUCCUCUGUUAAGCGGAAUCUCUAACGAAUCGUCCUGAUAUACGGAAGAAUCUUGAGAAUCUCAUGUGUGUUUAGGAAAACAGUUCGAAGAAGUUGUUGUUGCUAUCGCGAACCGUGUGUACAACGAGUGAUAGAAAACAGAAUCUGAGAGUAAAUGCCUGCCAUAGAAGCAAUAAGCGAGCCUGGCUCGUUUAAUCUGCAACUUCAAUAAAUAGAACUACCGUAGAAAUCGGACCUACUGCUGAGGGUGUGAAACGAUCGUCUUCCACGUGUGAUACAAUACGAUACAGUCUCCUCGAACGAUUCUUAAACGAUCAUCGUUUAGGAAACGGAAUAAUAGAAUAAUUGCGAAAUAAUCUUGCGUCGAGUACACAAACGAAUAAGUAAAUAAAUAAACGAAAUCUUGGACGUUGAAUAAAUAAAUAAUUCUUAAAGACUCGGAAGAUUAUACCGUGAGAGCAAAACUCGUGGUAGAAAAAAGCACGAGAAGGGUGCAGUGAGGUAGAUACACGAGGGUGCACUCCCUUCGAACAGCGGGAGCCAUUGAAACUAAGGUUUCUCGAGGUCGGAGGUCUCUGAUGGUACAGAGGGUGACUCAGUACCGGUGGACGAGCGCGAAAAAUCAGCGCGGUCCCCGUAACCAAGAUCGGCAUCAUAGUCGUCGAGUAACAUCGUCAUGGCUCCACGUAUCGUCAUCUCGACGAUGAUCGCGUUUGCGUUGAUCCUUGCUUGCUGGUCUGCUCAAGGUCACGCGGGUUUAGCGAGGUUCUACGAGUCCGUGCCCGAUCUACAACCGGACAGACGAAUUCCUAACAACGACUACGCGAUUCACGGACCGAUCGUCGACGAUCAUGAGUUCCCUCGAGAUCUCAGGGAGCCUUAUCCAGGCAAGAGUUUCGGUCCCAUGGGUCCUAUCGAUGGUUCGUUGCCCGAUGACGUAUCUUUUCGAAGUUUGGCCUCCGGACAAGAGGAAGCAGCCAAUUCCAUGGAACAUUUGUCGUCGAAUCAGGCGAUGGAAGGGCACGAAGAUGAAUCUAAGCCUAGCAAACCGGAGUAUAAGAUCAUGUCUGUGGAGUUUCAUCGGGUCGAGACACCGUUUAUCAUUGGAAUCUGGAUCUUCUUCGCGAGUCUCGCGAAAAUAGGCUUCCACAUGACGUCAAAGCUGAGCAAGAUCUUUCCGGAGUCCUGUUUGCUGAUCGUUGUCGGCGUCGUCGUUGGUGUCUUACUGUUCCAGGCGAGCAGCGUCCACGUGUCACCCUUAACUCCCGACACGUUCUUCCUCUACAUGCUACCGCCCAUCAUCCUGGAUGCCGGCUAUUUCAUGCCGAACCGACUAUUCUUCGACCAUCUGGGAACGAUACUCCUGUUCGCCGUCAUUGGGACUAUAUUUAACACCUUGUCGAUAGGAGCUUCGUUGUGGGUGUUAGGUAAGAGCGGCCUGUUCGGUUUCGAAACUCCGCUGUUGCAAAUGUUCCUGUUCUCCGCGUUGAUCAGCGCCGUCGAUCCUGUCGCCGUGCUAGCGGUCUUCGAGGAAAUUCACGUGAACGAAAUCUUGUACAUCGUCGUAUUCGGGGAGAGCUUGUUGAACGACGCUGUCACCGUCGUACUGUACCACAUGUUCGAGGCGUACAACGAGAUAGGACCAACGGAAAUACUCUACACGGACGUACUGUCAGGAUUUGCUUCGUUCUUCGUGGUGGCGAUCGGCGGCACGAUAAUAGGAGUGAUAUGGGGUAUCGCAACUGGAUUCGUUACGAGGUUCACUCAUCAGGUUCGCGUGAUCGAGCCCAUCUUCAUAUUCGUCAUGGCUUACCUGGCCUACCUAAACGCUGAGAUUUUUCACAUGUCCAGCAUUCUGGCGAUCACCUUCUGCGGCAUCACAAUGAAGAAUUACGUGGAGGCGAAUAUCUCGCACAAAUCGCACACAACCGUCAAAUACACGAUGAAGAUGUUGUCAAGCAGCUCGGAAACCAUCAUAUUUAUGUUCCUCGGAGUCGCUACGGUGAACAACCGUCACGACUGGAACACGUGGUUCGUCGUCAUGACCAUCGUAUUCUGCUCGGUUUAUCGAAUCGUUGGCGUGAUCUUACUGACAGCCUUGGCUAAUCAAUUUCGACUGCACAAGCUGAACAAGGUGGAGAAGUUCGUGAUGUCUUACGGUGGCUUACGAGGUGCUGUAGCGUUUGCUCUGGUCCUGCUGAUCGACCCAAAGCACGUGUCCUUGCAGCCAAUGUUCGUCACCACUACGAUAGCAGUCAUCUACUUCACGGUGUUCAUACAGGGAAUCACGAUCAAGCCGCUCGUAAAAAUCCUGAACGUGAAACGGGCAGAGAAGAAGAAACCUACCAUGAACGAGAGGAUCCACGAACGGAUAAUGGACCACGUGAUGGCUGGGGUCGAGGACAUUUUGGGCAAGCACGGCAAUUACCAUGUUCGAGACAAAUUCAAGCGGUUCGAUAAUAAAUUCGUUCGUCCGUACCUAGUGAGGGAUCACUGUGGCGCGGAACCGAAAAUAUUGGAAACGUACUCGAAACUCGCGAUGAAAGACGCUUUGGAUUACAUUAGAAGGAACGCGUCCACCAUCGGCAAUAUCAGCGGAACUGAAAGCAUGUCCGCGAUAUUCCGCAACUAUAGCAACACAGGACAGUUCAAUGGAAGUCCGAGUUGCAGCCAGCUUGAAGCGGGCUGGAAUAUUGAUCUCCAAGAACUGGAGUACAACCCUUCCAAGAAGGACUUGACGGACGCCAGGAUCCACCACCUAUUGGCCGAAGAACUUUGCAAGCCAUACAAGAGGCAUGGAACGAAACUGUUGCAGCAUCGGCGUCUAAGCUACAGCCGACACGCGGUGAACGAUCGCGAUCUCUCGACCCAAGUCAAUUACAAAAUGCACAUGAACAUACGUCGGAUGAUGGGAGAGCACAAGCAUCGUCACAAGCGCAGUAAAAAAUUGCUCAAAGACGGUAAGCAGAAUCACGUGAGUUUUCCGGAGUUCCAGCAAAAUGGCUCGACGAAGUUGUUCACACAAGAUUACAUCAAUGGCGUCCUGUACGAAUUGGAGAACGGAGACACGUCAAAGCCUUCGAGCAAAGAGGACUGGGACUCGGCGAUUACUUUCACAGCUCGUACUUCCGACUCGUUGAACGUGAACGUGGACAACCACCACGGCGCCACCACCACUACCUCGAUGGACACCAUAAAUACCGACGAUCCCGAUAUGAAAUUAGGACGAGACGAAACCUACAGGGUAACGACACCAACAGCCACGGAGACCAUGUUGCCAUGGAAGCGAGAAGACGAUUACGAUUCCGGGCACCCGAUUAAACAGAAUGAAUUCCCCGCUUGGUGUUCAAACAAGGAGUACCUGGCUUACAGUUCCCCAUCAGCCACAUUCUUAGGUGGAAUCGAGCAACCAAAGGUCCAGUCAGUAAUUGGUCUAUUCCGUGGUGAGAGUGUGUGCACCACGGAUGGUAUCGAUUGCCAGGAAACUGUGGACGAGCGUGACGAGUACACGUUGACGGGGACAGAACAGACGGAGGAUUCGCCCACGAAAACCUUCAGUGAAUACGAGAAAGACAGCAAGAAGGGACCCACUAGGCGAGUAUCCAUGAUGGAGCUGUGCUCCAUGGAGAAAUCGCAAUCGGAAAAGUGUACGGAGGACGGAUCCCAUUCCCUGCCAGAGUGUUGGAAUCCUCAACGGAUCCGAAUGAGCUCGUUCGCAUACUCGGCCCAGGUUCCAAGUCUCUCCACCGCCCUUAUCACUUCUUCCUCCGAAUCGUCGGAGGAGAUAGACGAGGAGGAAGAGAAAGCUUGACCUUUGGGGAUCGUCGAGGAACAGACGUCAUCGUUCGCGGUCGACGAGCGUCGUCUUCGUCGGCCAUGGCGGCGGCCACCUCGGCGUUCGUUGUUCUCGUCUCUCUUACGUCGACCUAGCGCUCCGGUCUGAACAGAGGACGUGCCUCUAAUAUCUUUCGCCCCCAUUCUAGGGAGAUACGAUCAACCUUUCAACCGAAAACGAAAAUAAUAUUUGUUCCCCCUUUGACGAUCGCCGAUCUCGCUCCCUUCGAGGAUGGACAUUUUAAUAGAACUCACACUGGAGACGUCGAGCUGUUUUGACAGCUCUUGUUCUCUUCCACAGGACCAGAUUACAUGACGGAAAGUACCCCUCGUUUUGACUACCGAUGCUUUCAUUCGCACGCAGAAACGAAUGCUUUGGAGUUGUACGGGGUGUCCCAAAAAUUGGUCCCUUGUUUGUUUUUUUUUUUUUUUUUAAAUAAUUUCCGAGGGAAAUGAGAAAUUGUUGGAUCUUUGUGCAAGAUAUAAUAAGAGAAGCUUUACGUUUGUAUCUUUGUAUAAUUUCUUAAUGGGAUAAGGUAGAUAGAUUUUAGCAAUAAUUUAUUGAAUCGUUGGAAUUGCGUUUCUCUCUGUUUUUGGUCUACCAGCCACGGCGAGGGAAUCUUCAAGACGUUUGAUAAUUUAGAGAAUAAUAGGAUUACUUGACACAAAUUCACGACCGAAAGAGAAAUGAAAUUAUGCGACUGAUGAUUCAUUGAUCAAUGUAUGGGACAAUCUCUCGGGACACCCUAAAUUAGAUCGUCCAAUAAGUUCGUCGUCUCUACGACGUUAUUUUACGAAUACAGAACGAUAAACGAUCAAGAUGACCAAUGACCAACCUUCAAUAAGAUCAAGGCCAACCCAGAAAAAGCACUUGUAAAGAACGAUUCGGUGGAUAUCAUUUUGAUUGCUGCAUAUUUAAGAAUCGUAACUGAGAAUGAAAUUCUAGUACAAGGCAGCCCAGGAGUCUGACGUUUUGAAUAUUCCAGAAUUAACUAUCCAUCGAUAUCUAAAACAGAAUGAGACUGGACCGAAGUUAAAAACAUCUAAAUAUGAAAGAAAUGUGAACGAACUUAUUAGGCGACCUAAUACGUUACUUAGGUAGAAUUCUUCGAUCUCAGAGGAGACAAACAAGUAUUUUCUCGGUUGGUUUAAUCGAUAGAAUCGUUGACACAAUGAUAUAUAGUACAGUUGACGUUGUAGUAGCGUGAUUUUCGAUAUAGCGAUGUUACCAUUUUUCGACGAGAAUGAUUCAGUCGAGGUUGCGUUCUCUUUUGAUACUCGGUGAUCGUGUGAAUCCAUUUUGAAUAUUCGACCAUGAGAGUGAUACAAGUGAAAUAAAGAGUGCAAGAGCGAGAGAAAGAGCGAAAGUAAGAAAGAGAGAGAGAGAGAGAGAGAGAGAGAGAGAGAAAGAGCUAUUUUUUUAAACCGACGAUACACCUCGUUUCCUCCGUAGCACGACUGACGGAUGAAAAGUAUUAACGAAUAGACUUGGAGGAACGUUUUUUGGUAGUUGAUUUUUCAAAUGCUUCCUGAGAAGAAUGAUUCGUCCAUUGGAAGGGAGAUGCUUUCGAUCAGCAGGAACGAAAGAUUUUUGAAGCACCGACGAUUCUUCGUCGAUGUGUCGCUUUCUGCGUGCUGAGAAAGAUCGUGAACCAGAAAAAUCACGCGAUUUCUUUCUCUUAGACGCCAUAAUAGCGUGUAUCCCUUGUAGCGACGACUCGUUUUAACGAUCGCUCAUUAACUUGGUAUCGUGGCCU